AUGUCUUUCUAUCUAUCUCCUUUUGUUCAUAUCUAUCUAUCUCAUUUUGUUCAUAUCUAUCUAUCUACCUAUCUCAUUUUGUUCAUAUCUAUCUAUCGAUCUAUCUAUCUCAUUUUGUUCAUAUCUAUCUAUCUACCUAUCUCAUUUUGUUCAUAUCUAUCUAUCGAUCUAUCUAUCUCAUUUUGUUCAUAUCUAUCUAUCGAUCUAUCUAUCUCAUUUUGUUCAUAUCUAUCUAUCUACCUAUCUCAUUUUGUUCAUAUCUAUCUAUCGAUCUAUCUAUCUCAUUUUGUUCAUAUCUAUCUAUCUAUCUAUCUAUAUCAUUUUGUUCAUAUCUAUCUAUCUAUCUAUCUAUCUAUCUAUCUCAUUUUGUUCAUAUCUAUCUAUCUCAUUUUGUUCAUAUGUAGCUAUCUCAUUUUGUUCAUAUCUAUCUAUCUAUCUAUCUCAUUUUUUUCAAAUCAAUCUAUCUAUCUAUCUAUCUAUCUAUCUCAUUUUGUUCAUAUUUAUCUAUCUACCUAUCUCAUUUUGUUCAUAUCUAUCUAUCUAUCUAUCUAUCUAUCUAUCUAUCUAUCUAUCUAUCUAUCUCAUUUUGUUCAUAUCUAUCUAUCUAUCUCAUUUUGUUCAUAUCUCUCUGUCUACCUAUCUCAUUUUGUUCAUAUCUAUCUCAUUUUGUUCAUAUCUAUCUAUCUAUCUAUCUACCUAUCUAUCUAUCUAUCUCAUUUUGUUCAUAUCUAUCUAUCUACCUAUCUUAUUUUGUUCAUAUCUAGCUAUCUAUCUCAUUUUGUUCAUAUCUAUCUCAUUUACAAAACAUCUCGUUUUGUUUCUUUGAAUAUCGCUCACUUAUUUAUUAUUCUUUCUUUCUUUCUUUCUUUCUUUAUUUUUGAUUUCUUACAAUUUCUUCUGUUUUUUUUUUGGGGGGGGGUGACAGGAUUCGGAAUGGGUUAUCUUACGGAAAAUUUUCCGCUAUCUAUUCUUUUCGAUCUUUCGCUCCCAAUCUAUCUAUCUAUCUAUCUAUCUAUCUAUCUAUCUAUCUAUCUAUCUAUCUAUCUAUGUUAA